CUGAACAUGUGUAGAAGAUUCAACUCUUACCAGUGCUGACUUACGUUGACCUACAAGGGGAACUGGCCAGCUUUUGAGACAUCUUUACAAAGUUCCUUAGCACCUCCUGAGGUCCAAUCUCAUUCCCUAUUCCCACAAUUGACUCUCCCUUAUACGUUAGUGGGAAUAAACUGGUACCAUUCAAGCAGUUCCCAGUUUACCUGAAGCUUUGCUUGGUUUGACAGCUCUUGGAAGAGGUUUUAGGUUUGUUUCUUGUUUUGAACACCCAGAUGGGAGAACUUUUUGGUAGCCAUUUUGCUGAAGCUGUGUUGGGUGAUCCAGAUGCAAAAAGGCCUUUACAAAAAAUCUUGUUCCCCAAUCAGGAGCAAGCCAAGCAGUUCCGGAGCCAGCCUGCUCAAGCAGUGGGACCAAAAGGACUUCUCUAUGUCCAGCAAAGAGAAUUUGCAGCCACCACGUCCAAAGAUGGUUCUGUUUCCAUUCUUGGUUCAGACGAUGCAACGACAUGCCAUUUCGUGGUUCUGAGACAUACAGGGAGCGGAGCAAUUUGUCUAACUCACUGUGAUGGGUCAGAUACCGAAACAGAAGUUCUGCUAAUCACAAAUGCAGUGAAAGUGCUUUCUCCAAGCACCGAAUGUGGAAGGUUGGAAUUGCACCUGGUUGGAGGCUUUUGUGAUGACAGACGCUUGUCUCAGCGCCUUACUGGUCAACUGUUAAGAGCAUUUGACCACCUGCUAGAUAAUGUUUAUUUGAUGACAUUCUGUGUGACAGAACUGAAUGACCGCCAGGAAAAUGGCAGGCAUUUGCCAUACGUUUAUGGAAUUGCUGCAAAUGUUAAAACUGGUGAGAUUUUCCAUGCCACCUUUCCAGACCGAGGACCUGAUGAGGACAUGCGGUCUGCCAGGGUCUUAGCAGGAGCAAAGAUGAUUAGUGUUUAUGACUCAAAGAAGGAACAGCUUUGCAUUGGGCCUUACUACUGGAUGCCUUUCCCCCAUGUGGAUUUCUGGUUGGAACAGAGCAACCAAAGCAUCUUACAGAAUCUCUCCACCUCACCCCUGGCUGAGCCACCACAUUUUGUUGCACACAUCAGAGCUACUCUGCUUUAUCUAAGAGAGCAUCCGUUUCCUGAUAAGACUCUCUUCCCUACCCGAAAACCUCGCCUCUACAAAAAAAAUGCCGAGGGCUUGUGGGAGAGAAUUUCUUCUGACCAGAUCUAACCAAAAGUAGAGAAACCAAGAGCGCUCUGGAAGUAGGGUUGGGUCAAGAAAGGUGGCAGAGACCCUCUCCUUGGCAUGAACAUUGACCUGGUGAUCCCCCACGAAAACAUUAAGGAAAAACAGUGUGUUGCAUUUGUGGGAUGCUAUUGCAUCCCCCGAAUAUCCUGUUUUCCAAAGCAGCCAGUCAAUUCAGUGCAAAAUUAAGUAACGUUUACACAUUUCAUGGGGAGAGAUCCAAAGUUCUCAGGAAUGUAAAAUGGGCCUUGGUCUUGCUGUGAAGGAGGAGGUAGAACCUGAUCUUUGGUAUUCCCACCCUGCUCAGUCAUUUUCUUGCUUUAGUUAUUUGUUUGGGACCGAAGUAGAGCAAAGUAGCCAUUCUGCUUGCUUUAUCAGAGCAGCGUCCUUGAUCAAGUAUCAGCUGGAGAUGCACAGAACCUUCCUGGGCACAUUCUCACGUUGGAAUGAAGCAUUCUGGGCACUGUUUUAUAGGAAGGCACGGUCCAUUUCAAGGUCAGACCUAUUCCAGUGAGGUUGGAACGAUCUGUUCCAACAUGGGGACGCUUCUAAUAGGAUUCGAACCUGACAUUGAAACAUGAUGUUUCAGGGUUAGAACCUUCUGACCCAGAAGAUUUUGCUCACCUCUAGGACUUUCCCUGUAGUGUUGUGGGAGAUUGAAAAUGAAGCUAGGCCUUGCUUCGUGCCAUGUGAGCAGAAACUGCUCCAAGCUAAUUAGAGGUGUUUGCGCUGAGGCUUUGGGCAGUGGCUUAAGAAGGUUGACCAUGACACCCUUCCUGGACUGAGGACCAAAUUUAUGCAAGCCAGCCACAGAUAUGUUGGGUGGGGACUUGGCUCCAUACCUGUCCGCUGACAGGGACUUUGGAUUGUAGUGCAGCUCAGCAGGGAGGCGAUUCUCCUCAAUUCCUUUCUAAAGUUGACUUUAGGCCGUUGAACCGCCGUGACCAGUUGUAAUUCCUGCAAGAAAAAGAAAGUGGCUUCAGAUACCACUUUCAGGGGACACGUUUGCAGCUUUCUUUAGUUUUUUGUGCUAUAUUUUUCUCUGCUGCCCAGCUUCCUGUUCUGUCGAAGAGAAAUGGUGGAAUCUGGUCUGAAUCUCACCAUCACUGUGUCUUGCAGCAGCCAAGGAGGUGGGAUUUGAAUUAACCGGAUCAAUCAAAUCAUUGAAGAACAGUCAUAUUGUGAU